UGGUGACGGGGGCGGUGCUGAACGAACAGCUCCCGGAGAUCCGUCGGGAGAAGGUCGCACAUCCUCCGCCAGCAUGAAGAGGCAGAACGCCCGGACCCUCGCCCUGAUCGUCAGCAUCCUCACCUACCUGGUGGUCGGCGCCGCCGUCUUCGAGACUCUGGAGUCUAAGCAGGAGAAAAGUCACAAGAGGAAGCUCGACGCCAGAAAGUACGAACUCAUGCGCAAAUACAACUUGACCAAAGCGAACUUCGAGGAGCUGGAGCUCGUCGUCGUGCAGCUCAAGCCGCACAAAGCGGGAGUGCAGUGGAAAUUUGCCGGCUCCUUCUACUUCGCCAUCACUGUGAUCACGACCAUAGGUUACGGCCACGCAGCGCCCAGCACCGACUCGGGGAAAGUGUUCUGCAUGUUCUACGCCCUGCUGGGGAUCCCGCUCACCCUGGUCAUGUUCCAGAGCCUGGGCGAGCGGAUCAACACGUUCGUCAGAUACCUGCUGCACCAAGCCAAGAAGUGCCUGGGAAUGCGUCACACCGAGGUCUCCAUGGCAAACAUGGUGACAGUGGGCUUCUUCUCUUGCAUAAGCACCCUGUGUGUGGGGGCUGCUCUAUUCUCCCACUGCGAGGGAUGGAGCUUCCUCCACGCCUUCUACUACUGCUUCAUCACACUCACAACCAUCGGUUUUGGAGAUUACGUGGCUCUGCAGAAGGACGACGCCCUGCAGAACGAUCCCCGCUAUGUGGCGUUCUGCUUUGUCUACAUUCUCACGGGUCUCACGGUGAUCGGAGCGUUCCUGAAUUUGGUCGUGCUUCGCUUUCUGACCAUGAACACGGAAGACGAGCGGCGAGACGCCAAGCAGAAGGCCUUGCUGUCCGUCAAUAAGCCCCGAGGGGAGGCGGCCGGUCUAUUACCGCUCUUAACUUCCACGUCCACGCCUGUAGCAGACGACGCCGCGAAGGCUAAAGAUUCAAAGGGUGCCUACACCGAGGUGCUGCAUUUCCAAACUAUAUGCUCGUGCUUGUGGUACAGGAGCAAGGAGAGGAUGCACGGCUCCAACUCCCUCGCUCAGGAGCUGACCUUCUCGGACGCCUACCUGCCGCGGAACAGGGACUGUCCUCACUACCUGGAGCCUGGAUCAACAGGCUGCGUUUGCAGUCCACGCCAGUGCACGAGUAUCAGCUCCAUAACAACAGGCCUACACUUUCUCUCCCCGUUCAGGGUGUUUAAAAGACGCAGCUCCGUCUAGCCUUCAAAAACUGCUCUCAGCACAGACACAUCUGAAACUUCCAUGAGGACGAGAAGAUGCUUGGUGGUCCUCACACUGAGGCCGUGACUCCAAGUGAAUAUACGUGGUGCUAGAAUCCUGAAAUUCCAACAGUAUAAUGCACAAAAGGAAAAAAAAAGCACAUGAAGCUCUGUAAACGGCAAAGUCCUGCUCAA